GUGUCUUCCUCUCUCUAUCACACUCCCUCUCUUCCUCUCGCUCUCUCUCUCUCUCUCGUCUGUCUCUCUCGGUGCUUCAGUUUCGUUGUCUCUUAAGGGAGUUGCAGCUCUUAUCUGUAGCUCCACAGUACCUCGUCUCCUCCAGGGCUCCAGACAGGGCCACACUCCCCUACACCGACAGUAUGGAGAAUGGUCAGCAGUAUAGAGGUCAGUAUGGAUCCCCCCAGCACAUCCCAGCUCCCUCCUACCCCGGCCCCCCAGCGGCCUACAGCUUACAGGGAGGUGACAAGGGUGCAGCCUACCUCCCCCAGCCUGGCUUCCAGAGAGGUGACAGGGGUGGAGCCUACCCCCCCCAGCCUGGCUUCCAGGGAGGUCCCCAAGCUGGCAUGUACCCACCACCUCCCCAAUACAGCAUGGCACAACCUAGAAACACCCCUGGGGUAACCCAGGUGGUGGUACAGCAGCCGCUGCUAAGAGACGCACCCGGCCAGAUAACGUGUCCCCACUGUCAGGUCCCGGUUCUGACAGAGACCACACACACCCCUGGACUGUUCACCUGGCUCAUCUUUGGAGCCCUCUUCUGCUUCCUGUGCAUGAUAUUCUCUUGUCUUCCGUUCUGUGUUGAGUCCUGUCAGGACGUAGAACACCGCUGCCCCAACUGCAAGACAGUGAUCCACAUCCACAAACGCAUGUGAACAGACCAAGAUGAGACACCUGCCACAAAGUGAUCCUUACCUAUAUGAAUCUAUUCCAGUAGUGUAGAUCCUCUGAGGGAAACUGCAAACCCAGUUUAAUGCACCAGGAUUGGAGAGACAAUGGGCUCCUACUGUCUGUCGCUGAAAUCACUGCUGCAGUACCAGCUUUUCAUCUACUGGGAAGGUGUGACAGGGUAUUAUUAUAGUCGUCAUUUACUAUAUCGUAAAAAUUCAUGAAAUCAAAAUGUGCUUCUUGGUCUUAAUUUCAGGUUAAGGUUAGGUAUUAUGGUCAGCAGUGUGGUUAUAUUUGAUGACUUUGUGGCUGUGCCAGCUAGUGACCCCUCUACAGAGCUGCCUCCAGGGCAAGAUUCAUGCCAAUAAAUGCCGACCUGCCCCUAAUCAGGGGGAACAGGUUAAAGAGUAGACAGACAGACACAUGUACGUGCCAAGACCACGUUUAAUAGGUUUUAUACUGAUUGUAAAUGAAGCUUUUCAAUUAACACAGAACGUAUUGUUCUUUGCAAUGAAUAAAAGUCAAGUUUAUUGA